AUGAAAAGAAGCUUCCAAGAUUAUGCUCACAACAGCACUUUCGGGAGUAACAAUGAUGAUGAUGAUGAUACUCAGCCACAAGCCGUAAACACAUCAAUGGGAUCAACAGAUAUAAAAACAGCUGAAAUUGAUAGGAUGGAAGGAUAUGUAAAACAAUUAAUAGAUUCCAGAUCAUCAGACCGAAAAACACUUCUCACAUUCUUGAUCACAUAUUUCAGUCCAACUUCCGAUAAUUUUAUAUUGAACGGGCUUUCUUUUUUACAAGAUCCAUCACCACUAUUGUCCUAUUUGACAAACAUUUUUCAGUAUUUAUCAACAGAUGUCGGAGGCGUAGAUCCACUCUAUGACCGUGAUUUAAUAGCUUUAUUUAUUAGAUUUGUUGCAAGCAUUGUCUCUUCAAAUGUAGAACGACAGGAUGUCGCAAAAUUAAUGGAAGACAUUGAUUGGCUGUCGUAUUUACUGACUCAUGAAUCACACAAAAUUAAGCGCCAAGCUUAUAAUGGGCUCAUUGAAAUUUCCACAAAGAGUUCGGAAUUUGCCCAAUCAAUAUUUCAAGUUCUUCCUCCACAUGAAAAGGUACUGUGUGAUUGGGAUCAAGGAAUACGAAAAAAUUAUCUUGAAUUGUUGUCAAUCACAUAUCCUUUAACUGGAGGUGACAACAAAACAAAUACCAUUGUAGAAAUUUUGAGAUCAUGUCUAUAUGAUAGAGACACUAGAGUUAGAGCACAAGCCAUCGACUCUUUCAUAAUAUUGUAUAGACGGGGUAUGCAAUUAUCUUUUGAUUUGUAUCCAGAAGCAGUCAAUUCACUUCACGACGAUACUGAGGAGGUGAGGGAGAGGGGUUUAGAGCUAAUUACCUUGUUGGCCCAAAUUUAUCCAAAUCGAACUGUUACUCAUUCAGGAUCUCAGCUUUCUCUAGUAGAAGACGCCUUCGGAAAAAUAUGCAAUGCUGUGAGAGAUCAUGUAGUUUCUGUUAGGACAAAAGCAUGCAGAAUGCUAGGAAAAUUGAAAGGUGUUAAAGAAACUCUUCUUCUUGAGGGCUUUGGAAAAAUCGAGCUUGAAUAUACUCCAAAAUAUAAUAGGAAAAAACAACAAAGGGAUGAAGAGGAUGCCAAUACCAAGAAAAAGACAAUACAACAAAAACAAAUGAUUAUGGAGCAAGAUUUAAGUAAUUAUGAAUUUGCAGAACAGGAUGUUGACGGAGAAAUCUCCAUCAAGGGAAGCGAAAAGGAUGCUCUUUUGUAUAGCGGUGCAGUUGGAACGUUUGUAUUAGCUCUUGAGGACCAAUAUAGAAGCGUAAGAAUGGCAAUAAUCGAGUCUAUAUGCGAGCUCAAUAAGCAAUCUGAGCUUUUCAGUAGAAAAUCAGUGGAUUAUUUGAUAGAAAUGUUUAACGAUGAGAUUGACUCAGUUCGAAUUCAUGCCAUAGACUCUGUAAGCAAAAUUAGUGCUUCUUCUCUUAGAUUUGAUGAGGAACAACUUCAAAUUGUGUUGGCUAUUCUUGAGGAUUCCAACUCGGAAAUUAGAGCUUCAGUUAGAAACCUAUUGAGAGUGAUUGUAUUAUCCAACGCAAGAUGCUUACAGUCUGCCAUUCGAGCACUUUUAAUUAAUAAUCUCAGGAAAUAUAGAUCCGAUAUUGACCAAAUUUACACGUGCUUAAGAGAUCUUGCAAAGAAUCAUUCAAAACUUACAGAAUUUUUAAUUGAAGAACUUUUAAGAUUAGAACGUUAUAUCAUGCCAACUGAAUACAAGGUUGAUGAUGAAUACUACACCGGACUGUGUAUUGCCAUUUUUAGCGCUAGUGAGGAAAAUUCAAGAAUUCCAAAUCAUCUUCCCAAGUACAUGUACAAACACUACGCCUACCUCCGUUCCAAAUAUCCUAACUUAUUUCCAAACUUAACCAUCAAGACGCUCAAUAUGAAUUCAAACUCUAUGGCCUACACUUUUUCAGAUCACGAUUUAUCUUUAGAAAAACCGUCAAAGAAGCAAAAGCCAGAAGUGGAUACUAUGGAUUCUAACUCUCUAGUUAUUCCAUUUGUGAAUGCGUUUAAUCAGAUACGACUUUUGGUACUGAACAGCGAACGAGAAGAUCCAGUAUCAGCUAUGAAAACACUGAGAAGCGAGUUAAAGAAAACACCAAAGAGCAAGGACAGAAGUUUGAACGUGUUUAUACACUUCUUGAACAUUUAUUGUGCAUGCUGCCAAAACUAUUUAUCUAUUUUGCAAGCAUUGCAAUUCAAAAUGAUUGGUUCAAGCAUUUUCAAGAACAUUAUUCAAAUGACAUACAAGAUUGAAAAGCUUUUUGGAAAUCUCAGCGUUAAUAUUCUACAUCAAUUAAUGUGCUUGAGACUUGUUGUGUACCUCAAAUAUCUUAUUAACAGCGCUGAAAAGGCUACAACUAUAUUUUCCAACAGCGAUCAUUCAAACAUUCAAAAGAUGAGACAUCUAGCACAUUCAAUUCAAAAGUUUUCAAACGACAAUAAUUUAUCACUAGAUCCUAGUAUACUGCAAAUUGUGAACCAUCUGAUCGAGAACGAUGAGGUUUCUCUCGUCCAUUUAUCAACAAUUCAAUUUUAUCCAGCCGAGCUAAGUCUUAAUGACAUUGGACAAAUGCAGCUCAAGCAAUGCACAAUCAUUUCUCCUGUGUCCAACAUUGAAAAACCAAUUGAGUACCAACCUUUUAUUUCUCUUUCUAUACCAGUUCAAUGUACGAUGAGAGAUGUUUCUUUAGAAAAUGACCAAUUAUUUAUUAACGUCUCUUUUCCAGACGGUACUCAUUCAAUAUUUCCAAUUGAUAAUCUCAAAGAUAUUUCCACAAGCAGCAGUAGUGGAAAAGUAACACUCUCUAAGGAGAUACAAUUAAGGACAGAAUGGUGGAGUGAGGCUUGCUCAGUUGAUAUAUCUAUUGCGUCUUCCUUUGUCACUCAAAUUCCCAACGAGUUUUCACUAAUCGAGUCCUCAACCAGUGAUACAGUCAUUACUGCUUCCAUUUCACAACAACCAUCCUCAUGCUUGGUACCAUUGAGCAAGGGAGUACAAUUACUCAUUCAUCCCAAACUGAAAUAA